AUGGGUAGGCAGAAUCAAGCAAUAAGAACUUCAAGGAGCGAAGCAACUGGCAUGACCCCAUAUGCUUUAACUUAUGGCCAUGAUGCAAUUCUACCUAUCGAAAUAGCAGUCCAGUCUCUCAGAAUUGCUCAUCAACACAAUCUGGUUGGAAAAGACUUCUCUCAAGCCAUGCUGCUAGAACUGGAAGGAUUGGAUGCAAGUAGGAUUGAUACCCUACAACAAGAGAGUUAA